CAGUUUUCCGCGGGUUUUCCGGUGAAAUGGGGACUUUUCAGAGUGUCUGUGGGUGAUCUCAGCAGGGCAACGUGGGAAGAAAGACCUGCCUUGGCGCCAAAUGUGAGCUUUGAGUGAACUCAGCAAAUCGCCAGGAGCAAACUCACUCUCUGCACCGAAAAGGAUGGCGUGAGGAAUAUAGUUCUGAACAAUCCCAAAACCAGGAAUUCCCUGUCGCUGGAGAUGAUGCGAGAUAUCCUUGAGGAUUUAACGAGGAAUCUUGAGGAUAAAUCGCUCAGAGUGAUAGUCUUGUCUGCCGUGGAGAGUCCUGUCUUCUCUGCUGGCCAUAAUCUCAAGGAAUUGGCUCCUGAUAUGGGCGAGGAGGUGCACAAGGAGGUCUUCAGAGUGGCCAAUGAGCUCAUGAUGGCUAUGAUUGACGCUCCAGUGCCGAUUGUGGGGAAGGUUGAUGGCCUAGCAGCGGCUGCAGGAUGCCAACUGAUAGCCAAUUGUGAUAUGGUUGUGUGUUCCUCGAGGAGUUCCUUCUCAACGCCUGGGGCGGCGUUCGGAGUUUUUUGCUCUAGUCCGGGAGUUGCAGUGGCCAGGAAGGUGUCUAGGAUGAAAGCGGCUCAGAUGCUCUUCACUGGACUUCCGGUGUCUGCCCAGGAAGCCCUCAGUUGUGGUCUGGUGAGCUCUGUGGUGCCUCAAGAGGAUCUGGAUGCAGAAAUUGAGAGGAUUUGCCAAGCGAUUUCUUCGAAGAGUCGCUCAGUCAUUGCUCUGGGCAAGAAGUUCUUCCAUCAGCAAAUGGAGAUGGGCACCAAAGAGGCCUUCGUGGCAGCGGGAAACGUGAUGGUGAGGAAUCUGGCGGAGCCUGAUGGCCAGGAGGGUGUGAAGAGCUUCGUGGAGAAGAGAAAGCCGAUCUGGAAGCACUGAGAU